AUGGGUUCCAAGACAAUUCUAUUUCUUGGCAUUCUUUUGGCUAUUUUUGCAAUGAUAAGCUCAGACACCUCAGUGAAAUUGGAUAACAAGAAUGAUGAACACCAUGACGGAUAUAAUGGCAUUGGCGGGUAUUCUAGUGAUGGACAUGACGAAUAUAAUAGUGGAUAUAAGCCUCGAGAUGGUGGAAAUAAACCUCCACAUGACGGAUACAAUCCUCCAAGUGGCGAAUACAAUCCCCCACAUGAUAAAUAUAAACCCCCUAGUGAUGAAUACAAACCUCCACGUGGCAAAUAUAAUCCUCCACAUGAUAAAUAUAAACCUCCUAGUUAUGAAUACAAACCUCCAAGUGACAAAUAUAACCCCCCACAUGAUAAAUAUAAACCCCCUAGUAGCGAAUACAAACCUCCAGGUGAUAAAUAUAAACCCUCACAUGACAAAUACAAACCCCCUAGUGACGAAUACAAACCUCCAGGUGACAAGUAUAACCCCCCACAUGACAAAUAUAAACCUCCUAGUGAUGAAUACAAACCUCCAGGUGACAAAUAUAAACCUCCUAGCGACGAAUACAAACCUCCAGGUGAUAAAUAUAAACCCCCACAUGACAAAUACAAACCCCCUAGUGACGAAUACAAACCUCCAGGUGACAAGUAUAACCCCCCACAUGACAAAUAUAAACCUCCUAGUGAUGAAUACAAACCUCCUAGUGACGAAUAUAACCCCCCACAUGAUAAAUAUAAACCCCCUAGUGACGAAUACAAACCUCCAGGUGACAAAUAUAAACCCCCACAUGACAUAUACAAACCCCCUAGUGACGAAUACAAACCUCCAGGUGACAAGUAUAACCCCCAACAUGACAAAUAUAAACCUCCUAGUGAUGAAUACGAACCUCCAGGUGACAAAUAUAACCCCCCACAUGAUAAAUAUAAACCCCCUAGUGAUGAAUACAAAGUUCCAGGUGACAAAUAUAAACCCCCACAUGACAAAUACAAACCCCCUAGUGACGAAUACAAACCUCCAGGUGACAAGUAUAAAACCCCUGGUGACGAAUACAAAUCUCCAAGUGACAAAUAUAACCCCCCACAUGACAAAUACAAACCCCCUAGUGACGAAUACAAACCUCCAGGUGACAAGUAUAAAACCCCUGGUGACGAAUACAAAUCUCCAAGUGACAAAUAUAACCCCCCACAUGACAAAUACAAACCCCCUAGUGACGAAUACAAACCUCCAGGUGACAAGUAUAAAACCCCUGGUGACGAAUACAAAUCUCCAAGUGACAAAUAUAACCCCCCACAUGACAAAUACAAACCCCCUAGUGACGAAUACAAACCUCCAGGUGACAAGUAUAAAACCCCUGGUGACGAAUACAAAUCUCCAAGUGACAAAUAUAACCCCCCACAUGACAAAUACAAACCCCCUAGUGACGAAUACAAACCUCCAGGUGACAAGUAUAAAACCCCUGGUGACGAAUACAAAUCUCCAAGUGACAAAUAUAACCCCCCACAUGACAAAUACAAACCCCCUAGUGACGAAUACAAACCUCCAGGUGACAAGUAUAAAACCCCUGGUGACGAAUACAAAUCUCCAAGUGACAAAUAUAACCCCCCACAUGACAAAUACAAACCCCCUAGUGACGAAUACAAACCUCCAGGUGACAAGUAUAAAACCCCUGGUGACGAAUACAAAUCUCCAAGUGACAAAUAUAACCCCCCACAUGACAAAUACAAACCCCCUAGUGACAAAUACAAACCUCCAGGUAGUAAGUAUAACCCUCCAAAUGACAAAUAUAAAUCUCCUAGUGAUGAAUACAAACCUCCGGGUGACAAAUAUAACCCCCCACAUGACAAAUAUAAACCCCCUAGUGAUGAAUAUAAAUCUCCAGGUGACAAGCAUAGUUCCCCACAUGAUAAAUAUAAGUCCCCUAAUGACGAAUACAAACCUCCAAGUGGUGGAUACAACCCUCUCAUUGGUGGCCAUGAUAAAGGAAAUUCUGGAAGUGCUGGAGGUGGAGGAGUUCUUAGGGACCAUGCUGGACAAAUGAUUAUGGCUUUCAGUGCCUAUUUUGGUUUUUGCUUAAAUAAUUCAGCUGAGGCUCUAGCUCUAAAGACUGGCCUAAGAUGCAUGGUGUCUAGAUCAUGGUUUUCACAGAGUUACUGUUGA